AUGACAGCACUUUCUCAUCUUCCCGCGGAAGGUCGUCGGUCAGCGGUACCUGUUCCGAGGAUUCGUCGUGUCCGCACUCGUUCAGCAAGGGUGCAUCACGUGAUUCGCCUCUGCAGUCUUUAUUCGGCGAUUCUUGUCGAUGCCCAAUUCACUUCCGCUCCGGCAGCUCUACCGUUGACUGGCAACCCGUCUUGCCCCUGUCUGCAACUCGACGACACGAAGCUUACUCCCAUUAAUGCUGUCGAUCUCACACCCAGUGUUUUGCGGAACAUCGGCAACGGUACCGUUGAUUGGGCAACCUACGGAAUUGGUUGUCGAACUCACGAUGCGCGUACGCCGCAGUGUACGACAUCGGAUUGCGCGAGACUCCAAGACGUAGUCCCCACGCCUUUUCGUUGCGACUUGUCCUGGUGUCAGCGAUCCUGGUGCUUUGUCGAUCCCAACCAUUGUGGCUUGUUGUACCGCCGAUCUGCCCGCUUGCCACGUUCGGAUCGCUUCUACUCCUACGCCACCUGCGGGGACGCCGACUCCUUCACCAAAAACUACCGCUUCGCCGGACUGGAGGGACAAGUGCUGAAGAUUGGGCUCAACUCCAACACGGGUGGCUGGUUGGGGGCCUACUCGUCGGAUGGGCAGCAAUUUAAGGGUCCCCUGUCCAAAUGGUCCGGUCCAACGCUGGAAUUCGUCAAGGAAGCCGCCGUGCGGGGAAACUUUUACGUGAAUCUCACCCUUCCGCCACUGGAGCUGCAAGCACGGUCCUCGGACUUUUUUGGGAGCCCCAGUGAUUUUGAUUACUGCGUCUACGCUACCUCGUUGGGUUUUUUGGAUCUUUGUGUGGCGCAGUACACCAUUACGGACGUUCGGGCGUCCACGACGGAUUGGUUGCUGCUAGGCUCUUCAGGAAUCUACCUCGUAGCUUCCUACAACGUCAACGAUUCCUGGGGUGCGUUCAAGGCCUCCGUCUCGACCAUCUUUCGACCCUUUACCUUUGGAACAUGGAUGUUUAUCGUCUUUUUCGUCAUACCGGUCCUGGGCUGUCUCAUGAUCUUUCACGAAUUUGGGAAAUCGGGGUCGGCCUAUCCAAGGGAAGAAAUGGUCGUCAUUACCCGGAGUAAUGGCGAGCACGAGUUUCGCAAACUCCCGGUACCCUUCGUGCAGCAUAUUGUCAAAUCCAUCUACAUUAAUUUCUUGGCCGUCAUGCAGUCGUCCUACGAGCAAACGGUCAUUUCGAUUGGCGCGAUGCUCAACCUGUUGGGCAUUUCAUUCUUCAUUCUGACAAUCAUUGCCGUCUUUACAGCCAACCUGGCGGCCAUUUUGUCUUCGGAAAGCCGAAACGCGAAUAUCGCCAGUCUAGACGACGCCAUUCGAGCUGGUUUUCGCCUUUGCAGUGAGCGCAAGAAUAUGGAAAGCGUCGUGAAAGCGUACCCACAAGUCAGUCCCAACAUUUUUGCGGUAGAUCCGCCCGAGUUGGGCGGAGAUGGUGAGCCCGGAUUCACUUGUGCGGGUUGCAAUAGUCGACGAAGAGUUUUCGAGUUCAUUGAUCCCAUUAAGGCCCACAGUGAUCCUCGGUACUGUCACGCUGGGCUCGCACCGGAAGAAGACCUGGAAGUGUAUCAGUCACAGGGAGAUUACUGCAAUAAAGUCAUUGUUGGCUCCCCCGUACAGCAUGUGCAGACUGGUUUUCCCAUUUUUGAACUGGUGGCACCGUCCCUAGUUUCUUUCUUUCUCAAGCUAAAAAACGAAGGAGUUUUUGAUCGUCAAGUCUUGACCGGGAAACCGCAAUCUCAAUGCCCGACUGGAGAAGGCGAAGAAGGUGAGGCCUUGGGUAUAACACAAUUGAGUGGUAUCUGGGUAGCGUACUACCAACAAGUAGAAGGCCGGAUACAAAAGCUCCACAAGCGCGAUCAACGCGGUGGUCGCAUCGAAGCGUUGGAAUAUGGGGACCCCGUUCCAAGCAGCGCACACAACCUGAUGUUGAAUACGCGGUGGGGAUCCGAUCUACACUUGUCCGAUCCGCAAAGCUUCAAGCAUCCGAUCGAACAAGCCGCGUCGUCCCCACCGGUAUCCACCUCGGCCAGGGCGCGGACCCAAUCGGAGGAUGAGACUUUGGACAAAGGUGGCGUGCGCUAUUGA